AAUCAUGUUCUAUUUCUUUCCACUUUGAUGCAUUUGAGAGGUGUCUGAGAAAGCUCAACGAGAGACAACAAUGGAGAACAACCGAGCUCCGUCUUUCAUACUUGCUGUGGUGACAAUUUAUGCUGUGUUUUCAGACAUGGCUGAAGCUGAUGAUCAAAAUUCCAAGGUUCAUAUUGUUUACUUGGGAGAAAGGCCGUAUGAUGAUGUUAAGUUGACAACUGAUUCUCACCAUGAAUUGUUGGAAAGUGUUUUGGGAAGCAAGGAGAAGUCGUUGGAAUCUAUGGUGUAUAGUUAUAGACAUGGCUUUUCUGGAUUUGCCGCCAAGCUCACCAACUCUCAGGCUCAAAAGCUAGCACGAAUGCCAAUAGUGGCUCGAGUUUUUCCAAGUUCGCUAUACAAAAUGCGUACAACAAGAAGUUGGGAUUUUCUCGGCCUCUCGUCUUCCCCAUCUGAAUCCUCGAACCUUUUUCAUCGAGCGAAAAUGGGUGACAAUGUCAUCAUAGGUGUCAUUGAUACAGGAUUCUGGCCGGAAUCGGAGUCAUUCAAUGACAAAGGAAUGGGGCCAAUACCAUCACGAUGGAAAGGCAUUUGCCAAUCAGGGGAAGACUUCAAUUCCUCACAUUGCAACAAAAAGGUCAUCGGAGCGCGUUGGUUCGCCAGUGCCUUAAUAGCCGACCAUGGGGAGGAGGCGGUAUUCAAGGAUUACUUAUCUGCACGAGACAACGAAGGACAUGGAACCCACACAGCCAGCACAGCCGGGGGUGCAUUUGUAAGAAACGUCAGCUACUUUGGCAAUGGGCGCGGCACGUUGAGAGGUGGCGCACCAUUGGCACGGUUGGCCAUAUACAAAGUCCUGUGGAGUGAUAGCCGCUUAGGGUCAGGGGCAGACAUAUUGAAGGGCAUAGAUGAGGCCAUUCACGACGGUGUGGAUGUGCUGUCUAUGUCAAUUGGCAAAUCAAUUCCUCUGUUUCCGGAUGUCAAUGACGUGAACCCGGUCGCUGUUGGGUCGUUUCAUGCCAUUGCGAAGGGAAUUUCUGUUGUGUGUGCGGGCGGCAAUGAAGGCUCAAUUCAACAGACGGUGGAAAACGUCGCGCCGUGGCUUUUUACUGUGGCUGCGAGUACCAUCGAUAGAGCCUUUCUUGUUUCUAUUACUACUCUUGGAGAUAACGCCACUUAUUUGGGACAAAUGUUCUUGAGAAAGGACAUCGUCGGGAUGCUGGUGGCUAUGGAUGGAAGAUGUGCAGGGAUUUUGGGAGGUGAUAUCCCAAUAAGUGGGAACGUGGUUCUUCUCUGCUUCACUGAUUUAGCUAAGACGGCGCCUGCAUCCAACGCGGUGAUGCCGGGGAAGCAAGCAAAAGUGGUUGGAGUAAUUUACGCUGGCCAACAGACCGACAACUUGGUUCCUUGUGAUAUUCCAUGCAUCCAUGUGGAUACCCACGUUGGCACUAAAUUAUUCACUUACCUACUCAACGAUGACGAUGCAUUGAUAAGGUUGAGGGCCACACGAACCAUAAUCGGCAAGCCCAUAUCAUCUCGGAUCGCUUAUUUCUCAUCCAGAGGUCCAAAUUCUUUUUCCCCCGGAAUCCUCAAGCCUGACAUAGCCGCUCCCGGAGCCAACAUUAUAGCUGCCGUUCCACCCAACCACAAGGGCGGUGACAAAGGGUUUGCAACAAUGUCAGGGACUUCCAUGGCUACGCCUCAUAUCUCUGGUAUCGUCACUCUUAUUAAAUCCUUACAUCCUACUUGGUCACCGGCCGCCAUUAAAUCAGCCCUCAUUACCACCGCUCGUGUAGAGGACCCAUCAGGAAUGCCAAUUUUUGCCGAAGGAAGUCCACCGAAAGUGGCGGACCCAUUUGACUACGGCGGCGGAGUGGUGGACGCCAACGCCGCCGUCGACCCAGGUCUGAUCUACGAUCUGGGAGCCACGGAUUACAUAUAUUAUUACCUGUGCAGCAUGGGUUAUACGGAGGCGGACAUUUCUCACCUAUCGCAGCAGAAAACAGUGUGUCCGUCGAAAAGGGCCUCUAUUUUGGAUUUGAAUUUGCCGACCAUUACUGUACCGGCGCUGAUAAACUCGACCACUGUGACUCGAACUGUGACGAAUGUGGGGAACUUGACGGCGGUUUAUAAGGCGGUGAUUAAGGCUCCACCUGGGUCCAAGGUUAGAGUGAAGCCCCGGGUGUUGGUGUUCAAUUCCAAUGUGAAGAAGAUUUCGUUUAAGGUUAAGUUUUCGAGUACUCUUCAAAGGAACUAUGGGUACUCGUUUGGAAGCUUAACAUGGACCGAUGGUGUUCAUCUUGUUAAAAGCCCUUUGUCUGUGCGUUUUGAUUUCUUUUGAUUGUCUUGUAUGCUGAAAUUAUGUAGCCUGUGACUACUUAUUGUGUGAUGAAUAAAUGUGUGAAUUCUGUUUGUGUGUAAUC